CGGAAGAAGAGAAAACGCAGGAACAAACGGAGCUUCCUAAGGAAUGGAGAACAUUGAAGAACCACCCGAUUGACAAUGUCAUUGGUGAUCUAACGCAGGGAGUUUCUACUCGCAGAUAUAAUAUGUUUACACAUCUCAUGCUAAUGUAAACAAAUAUUAUAUUCCUAGAUUUAUAUUUAAAAGAUGUUUAUCAGAUAGUGUUUUUCUGCUGAUGAGACUAACAUCUUGAAAUAAAUAUUUAUCUAAAUGUCCAUAGUCGAGUAUUAACGAGAGUGGGAUAUCGUUAAUGCAUGUGAGACUAGUGUGUGUUGGAUGUUUGACUUAGUCUCAUGGUCAAUGACGGUGUGUUCGCAUCCGCACAUGGGCAGAUAUUAUCUAGAGAUAAUAGGAUGCCGGACUGACCCAUUCUAAAGAUGUUGCUUGAAUUUUUAGUUCAUGCUCUGAGCAUCUUUAGCGCGACCACGGGUGUAACUAUCCUUCGACUUGAAGUAUUACGUUUUCUGCAUAUGUGAACCCGCAUACUUUGAUGCAUUGUCCUAAGCCAUAUGAAAUAAGGAUGGUAUACAGGCUUUGUUUUGGUUUAUUUAAUUAUAAUACGGCGUGCGUGUCGUGCCUUAUCUCAUAAACUCUUGUUGUAAAUCUAUUUCUCUCUCUUACCUCAACCGAGGAUUCUUUUCUUACGUGGUGGUUAGAAGACGAAAAGAUUUGAAGACCGUUUGAAGAAAUCUAAAAGAAUGGAGAUAGCCCAAAGUCCAAGUGCCCAGAAGCCAGUGGGAGCUAUCGUUUUAUUUUUCUUUUAGGGGCCACAAUCAUUACACGUUUAUUUACUGCGUUUUGUGAAUGCAUGUUGAAUGUAUGUUGAACGCUAGUAAUGGACAUGUGCGCGGCCAUGUAGAUAGGUGAGAUCGAAAUUAUAAAUCCCUCACGAAUAUUAUGUAACACCCCAACCCGCAUGACCCAAACCCGUGAGACAGCGGACCGGUGUGCCACUGAAUUGAUUAAAGAGACAGCCAUGCCAUCGUACAUCUCCUCCUCAAUGCCCUCUGGGAUCGACUCUAGGUUCAUCUGUCUGAUCACCUACGGACAGCAAAAAGGAAAACAACGCUAUCCGCUCAGCAUUGACGCUGAGUGGUACUCCAUUGUAGCACAAGAAUAAACAUAAUAAUUCAACAAUUAAGAUCGUGCAUAUGUUUAUCCUUUUAAUAAAAAUCAAUUCAACUUUACAUUCGGUUCUUUAGACGGUUGACCAACAGUCAACUUAUUUUCUUUCUUUUUAAAACGAUUUAGGUGUUACGGGUUUCUCAUGAACUCUUUGACCACCGGUCAAACCAAUUUAGACUUUCACCAAAGUCAAACCACUUAACAUUUAUUGCCUAUGACGGAGAUAGCCUCCAUCCGUAAUACCGAAGAUGGCCUCAAUUCGGUGGAGGUAGGAUCCCUCGGGCGAUGGCCUCAAACCCAAGAUCGCAGACCCUCGUGCGCACGUCUUAACCUCACUGACCAGGCCCUGCAGCCGCCCGAGCAAUGGCCAUUUUCUAUGUUCAACACAAUAAACCAAUUGACCUUAA